CAGUCCAGAGCUGAGAGCUCAUCGGUGUCCCUGUGAUCUGGCCGAAGCACCGCGAGAACAUCUGCGCUUCUGCUCUUCUCGGGAACACCUGCCUGCCUUGUGCUGUAGACUCUAACGGUGCGCUUUGCAGUUUGUUAAACCGCUAUGUUCAGUGCAGUGGCUUCAUCAGAGCAUCACUGAAGCAAGGCGCGUUUGGUGAAGCUCUGCGUCAUUCCGUCAAAUCUACCUCAUCCAGACGAAGGCGUCGGAGGAAGUUUUCGAGGAAUAUCCAAGAGGACAUUGUUGGGUUUGGAAUAAAGACCGCUCUGGCUGGAAAUCUGAACGUCUGAUAUCGGACACGUCUGAUUUUUUAGCGCUCGCGGUUUAGUUGGGGAAGUUUUGUGCGGCACCAGCGGGAGAAAAAAAAAUCAACAAAAGAAAACAAACAUGGGCUUACGUGGUUAUGUAGUUGUGCCGUGGAGAUGCCUGGCAGUGCUGGCUCUCAGACUGCUCUUCCUUGUGCCUGCAGGAGUGCCAGCGCGGAGCGGAGACUCUUAUUUAAAGGACAACAUCACGGUGAGACAGGGAGACAGCGCCGUCUUAAAAUGCAAUGUGGACAGCAAGGUAUCAAGAGUAGCUUGGCUGAACCGUACCACUAUCCUCUUCACAGGGAGUGAGAAAUGGUCUCUGGACCCGCGAGUGGUCUUGCUGAAUAACACAGCAGUGACAGAGUACAGUAUAAAGAUCCUGGAUGUGAACUUGCAUGAUGAAGGGCCAUAUGUGUGCUCCAUCCUCACAAACAAGAAGCCAGAGUCCACCAAAGUUCAUCUCAUCGUCCAAGUUCCAGCCAGGAUUGUGAACAUUUCAACAGACAUAACGGUAAACGAGGGUAGUAAUAUCAGUCUCAUGUGUCUGGCAAUUGGACGACCUGAACCCAGUAUUAUAUGGAAACAUCACUCUGCUAGAGGUCGUAAAUUCAUCAGUGAGGGCGAGUAUGUUGAGAUGACUGCAAUCACCAAAGAACAGUCUGGAUCAUAUGAGUGCAUCACUUCAAAUGACAUAUCAACACCAGAUGUGAGGACGGUACAAGUCACAGUAAACUAUCCUCCAGUCAUUUCACAAGCUCGCAGCACAGGAACUGCUGUUGGACAGAAAGGAGUGCUGCAGUGUGAAGCGUCAGCUGUUCCUCUUGCUGACUUUCAGUGGUACAAAGAAGAGCGUCGCCUUUUCAAUGGACUCAAUGGAGUCAAAAUCGAAAACAAAGGUAAACAGUCCAUGUUGAUAUUUUUCAACGUGUCUGAGGAGGACUAUGGAAACUACACAUGUGUAGCCAUGAACACGCUGGGAAUCACAAAUGCAAGCAUAAUCCUGUACGGCCCAGGAGCAAUACACGAUGUGAACAGCGCUGCACUUUCUCCAUCCAGCUCUGUCUGCCCACUGCUCACACUUAUUUUCUUUUAUCUCAAGUUUUGAUGCUAGAGACACCAACAACUGCAUCAGCUACUCUUGGCAUAACACAAAGACAGACUCAAAGUCCCAUCAUAAUAAACCACCCAUGAUUAUUGUUAUUAUUUGCUUUGAACCUUUUUUUUUCUGCAGGGGUUGGGCUAGAAAAUAAAUUUGGAUGAUGAGUCUGUCCGAUGAGAACAUGAGACUGCACAUGAUAGGGUUCUGUGACUAGCUGGUAAAUAUAGUAAGCUAUUAUUAUUAUUAUUAUUAUUAUUAUUAUUAUAUUUUUUUUUAUGUCAAAGAAAAGCAAAAAGUCACUUGAUGGCUAAAAAAAUACAUGGAUGGUUUUGCUCGGUAAUGUGUGAAAUGUGUGAGUUGAGAUGUCCGUGUCAUGUCAGCU